GCACGUGCUGCGGCGCUUGGGAGGCAUUCCGAAUGAAUGCGCCUUGGUCCCGACCGGCAUGUCGACGACGAGCUCGAAGGGAACGCCUCACCGUACCUAUAGAGGCCACCGCUCAUACUCCUUCACCGCCUCGGACGUCAACGAGCUCGUAGAGCUUCGCGCGCGCCAGCGAACCUUCCAUGGCGCCUACAGCCGCACGGCGCUCUCUAACCUAGGCUACUCAUUGACGAUAUUGCGUCUGUUCGAUGGCAGGUUCCACAAGAUCGGCGUCCUGUUCGCCGUCUUCGGUGUUCUAAUGUUCUGCAUUGCUUACUACCGCUCGCGGCAUUCCAAGCACGACUUCGCCGACAACAAUUGUAAAGAUAGACAUGAAGGCAGGGUCAUGCAUACGGAAGGCCAACACGGCAAGCGCAUAUAUGGGAGACCAUACAUCACGGCGGGGAAAUUCGUGGUCUUGGUCGCUUUGCUGGUUUUUGGGUUGGAGUUAGCGCUUUUGUUGCUACUCCUCGACGUGCAAAUAUGAUAUCCCACAUAACUUA